AUGCAGAAAGAUAUGGUGCUAGAUACUUUUAAUAAAUCUCUCCUAUCGAAUGCUAAUGCCUUGAAGUUAGAGAGCACUAAUUUAGCCAACAAUCAAGUCAAUUAAAUAAGCUUUUAAAUCAUUAAAGUUGAGGCUUAAGAUUUUUAUGACUAAUCUUAAGCAGGAUCUAAAAAUGUUACAUUUUAUUAGACCCCCAACACUAAUGCACAAAUUAAUUUACUGUUGAAUAGAAUAAUAAGAUAGGAUCAAUAUAAUCUCAUUAUUGCAGGCUAGGCAUACAUAGCCUCAAAUUCAUACGGUAUUCUUUAUAUGAGUAGUCUUAAGACAGGUUGUUACAGUUUUCAUGACUUAACUUCAAUUACAACCUUAAAUUAAAAUGUGAAAAUGUUGAGCAAUUUUAUUAAAAGAAUAGAAAAUAUUGAAAUUGAUGCUACUUGUGAUAAGAGUUCAGCUUAUGUUGCUUACAAUUUUUCAAUAAAAUCAUAAGAUAUUAGAUUUCUUCAGAAAGUUGUCAGUUAUAAUCAUUCAUGCAAUAAUGUAGAAGGAAGUCCUAAAAUUUAAUUCAAUAUGGGUGACUCAGCUAUCCAUAAUGAUACUUUGUGCUUCAUAGGUUUGCCUUGCGCUGUAAAUUUUGGUAACUUCAGCAUUCCUUAAUGUUCAGAUGCUAACUCUUUUAAUAUAGAAAUUAGAGAUAGUGCUUAGGACUUAGAUUAGUUGACUGGAAAUUUUCAACAUAGCUUUUAAAAUCUAACCUUUACCUAUUCUUUAAAAGAUAAUAUUAAAGACGACUCUAGGAAGAUUUUUAUCGGUGACCAUUAUCUUACCGUAAUUGGCUCAUUAUAAUUUCCAAAUAAAUUCAAAUAUACUACAAGCUAAGUAAUUGUGAAAUUAACUGUAGCUUAUUGCUACAAUCAUUUACAAUUCACUGAUUUGCCUAUUCUCGUUGAUAUGAAGUAUAAAUUAGGUGAAGGACCUAUUACAUAAAGUUUCAGACCUCAUUCUUUUUAGCCACAUGGUUGUAGAUACUAAUAUGUUUUACAAAGCAAAGAUGAUUAACGACUAGAAUAAAAGCUUGGCUGCAAACCCAGAAAUGGAUUUUAAUGUCUAAAUUAUAUCUAAUUCAUUCAAGGAAGUCCAAGCUUCAACAUCUAUGAUCAAUUAAACUUUUACAGACUAAACAAUGAUAGAGGGACAAGUACUAACUUUGAGCUUGCCAAAAAUAAAUGGAAUGGAUAGUAAUAUAAGAAUUCAAGCUAAAUUUGGAUAAGCAGAGGUAUUUACUAAAUAAAGUCAAAUGUCAUUAGAAUUUUCACCCUAAAUAGGAUUUUCUGGAAUUUAUGA